AUGAAAAUAGAUCCCCUAUUUACGCUUGGCUACAUCUCUUCCAACAACAAGAUUAUAAUAUUCAAAAGUAUUAUCAACUUCAAUAAUUAUCUUCGCUGUAAUUCUUUUUCUUCAAAGUGUGCUUGUAAUUCAGCUUGUAAACCUACUUCUUCAACAACAAUAUUCGCUGCUACCGCUGAUGCUAUGGAAACUCAAUCCUCCAUGGAAUCGUCAGUACAAACAUGCCGUCACUUUGAAUUUAGUGAGAUUCUCUUAGCAACCGCUAACUUUGACGAUGCGUUAGUAAUUGGGAAAGGGGGUUUCGGAAAAGUUUACAAAGGUAACAUUAUCAAUGGAUCAAGUGUUGCGGUUGCUGCCAUCAAACGGUUGGAUUUAGUAUCCUCUCAAGGGGCCUCAGAGUUCUGGGCAGAAGUUGAGAUGCUUUCAAACUUGCGUCACUGUCACCUUGUAUCUUUAUUUGGCUAUUGUAAUUAUGAAAAAGAGAUGAUUCUCAUCUACGAAUAUAUGCCAAAUGGAACGCUAGAAGACCACCUACAUAAACUUGGUACCCCUCUUUCAUGGCUUCAACGACUCAAGAUCUGCAUAGGUGCUGCUCGUGGGUUAGACUAUCUCCACACUGGUACAGGGAUUGAGUUAGGUGUUAUACAUCGCGAUGUCAAGCCCUCAAAUAUUUUGUUACAUGAAAGCUGGUCAGCGAAAAUAUCAGAUUUCGGAUUAUCCAAAAUAGGCCCAACAAAUCAACCAUGUACUUAUAUAAACACACUUGUUAAAGGAACUUUUGGGUAUUUCGAUCCAAAUUAUUUCACAACUGGAAAGCUAACUAGGAAGUCCGAUGUGUAUGCUUUUGGUGUGGUACUGUUGGAAGUGCUGUGUCGUAAGCGUGCAGUUGAUAAUAGUCUUGAUGUGGGCCUGGCAACAUGGGCUCAAGAUUCUAUCAAAGAAGGAAAUUUAAAACAUAUUAUUGAUUCUUCUAUACGAGGUCAGAUAUCCUCAAAAUGUUUGAAGGAGUUUGUUAGAAUUGUAGAGAGGUGUUUGCUUAGUAAUCCAAAGCGGCGUCCUACCAUGGCUGAGGUUGUGGUUGGUCUUGAGUCUGUGUUGACCUUACAAGAGAAAAGGAAUAGUUUGUUGCAACCUUCAGGAAGAACCAUAUUUGGUCGAAUGGUUGAUAGGUUCCCCUCCAUGUCUAGCAGAGAGAACUCUGCCCAUGGUGGUUCAGAUCUAUCAACUAACAACAAAGGGGACAAUAGAAAUGUUGGUGAUACUGUGGUUGACAAUGAAGAUUUCACAAUUCCUAUGCCCAGUUUGAAAGUAUUUAAGUUUGCUGAUCUGAAAAGAGCUACAAGAAACUUUAGUCAACAUUUUCUAUUGGGCAGGGGAGGUUUGGGAGAGGUGUUCUUAGGUUGGGUUGACAAGAACACAUUCGCCCCUUCAAGAGAGGGUGUUGGAAUUGCUGUUGCAGUUAAAAGGUACUCUGAAGAUCUUCCAGAAUGGGAGACAGUGGUGACUGGCUUGGGGGAGUUGUCUCAUCCAAACAUUGUUAGUGUCUUGGGAUAUUCUGAUGAUAAAAAACACCAAUGCUUGCUUGUUUAUGAGUACAUACACAACAGAAAUCUUGGGCGCUUCUUAUUUCAAGAUGAACAUGAUUUUGUUGAACCACUUUCAUGGGGAACACGACUUAUGAUAAUGAUAGGAGUAGCUCGUGGGCUUGCUUUUAUGCAUUCGUCAAAAAAUCAAGUCAUACACGGUCAUGUUGAACCUUCUAAUAUAUAUUUGGAUCAGAAUUUUAAUGCAAAACUAGGGGAUUUUGUGUUGGCAAAAUUUGGCCCAGAAAUCCAGAAGUUGGACAGUAUUACUACAGGAGUUAUGUGUAGCUUAGGUUAUUUCGACUCACAAUAUCUAAGCACAGGCCACUUGACUAUGAAGAGUGACAUUUAUAGCUUUGGAGUGGUGUUGUUGGAAACCUUAAUAGGCCAUCGAGCAAGGAGUAUAGAGUGGCCUAUAUCUGAGUUUAAUUUAGUAGAUAGAGACAAGGCCUUCAAGUGAGGAAGUUUUGCAAAGCUUAGAACAAUUGCAUGUUGUCAAAAGCUAAUGCAUAGAAGUUUGGACAUUUUCUUGAAAUCAAAGAAAGGAUGUGUCAAAGAAAACCCAGGUUCAU